GGAGGCAGCCUGUUGCUCAUGAUCAUCAAAUAACCUCCUCAUAUCGUGCGUGGAGGAGCAGACUCACAGCACACGCUGAGUCUCCGCGAGAACGCACAUCAGCUGCUGAGGAACUGAACCAGGAGCACGUGUAACGGCUUGGACACAGGGAUGCGUACACACCAGUGAGGAUGACCCUCUUGACAGGCGAGGGCUCUGACUACGACUACAGUGCCUUGAGCUGCGCCUCCGAUGGUUUCAACACUCCUCCUGGACAAGAGCAGGAGGCCCGGAAAGGAGCCUUCUACAAGAGGGCUCAGCGCGCCCCCGACCUCAGCGCCGUUAGCGGCAACGCGCUCGCCCAUGCCCGUAAGCUCCAUGCCAUCAUCAACGUGGGGGGCCUGCGCUACCAGCUUCCCUGGACCACGUUAGAGGACUUCCCCCUGUCUCGCCUGGGCCAGCUGCACCUCUGCAGCAGCUUCGAUGAGAUCAUGGGCAUCUGCGAUGACUACGACGUCGCGCACAACGAGUUCUUCUUUGACCGGAGCCCGUGUGCCUUCCGCACCAUCCUCACCUUCCUGCGGGCAGGCAAGCUGCGCUCCGUCAGGGAAAUGUGCGCCCUCUCCUUCAGGGAGGAGCUGCUCUACUGGGGGGUCCCGGAGGAGAGCCUGGAGUGGUGCUGCCGCCGCCGCCUGCUGCAGCGCGUGGAGGAGUUUGAGGCGAUGGAGCGAGCGGAGGAGGAGGAGCUCCUGGAGGAUGCGGGCAACGGUCGCGGCGAGCGCACCGCGGAGUCCAGGGUCACCUGGUGCAUGAGCAAGUUGAGAGACAUGGUGGAAAGGCCUCAGUCCGGCCUCCCGGGGAAGAUUUUUGCCUGCUUGUCAGUGCUGUUCGUCACCAUCACCGCUGUCAACCUGUCCAUCAGCACCAUGCCGGCCAUGAGGGAGGAGGAGGAGGAGGGCACCUGCUCCCGCAUGUGCUACAACAUCUUCAUCGUGGAGACGGUGUGCGUGGCCUGGUUCUCCUUGGAAUUCACGCUGCGCUUCAUUCAGGCCCGCAGCAAGCUGACCUUCCUCCGCCAGCCGCUGAACCUCAUCGACGUGGUGGCCAUCCUGCCGUACUACAUCACCCUCUUGGUGGACAGCACCUCCAAAGGGGAGAAGCGCCUGGGCUCUGGCAGCACUUACUUAGACAAAGUGGGCCUGGUGCUGCGUAUCCUCAGGGCCCUGCGCAUCCUCUAUGUGAUGCGGCUGGCCCGCCACUCGCUGGGCCUGCAGACUCUGGGCCUGACCGCACGCCGCUGCACGCGGGAGUUUGGACUGCUCCUCCUCUUCCUGUGCGUCGCCAUCACCCUCUACUCCCCUCUGCUGUACCUGAUUGAGAACGAAAUGGUCACCACGCAGGAGUUCAGCAGCAUCCCCGCCACCUAUUGGUGGGCCGUCAUCACCAUGACAACGGUGGGCUACGGGGACAUGGUCCCGAGGAGCAUCCCGGGCCAGGUGGUGGCUCUGAGCAGCAUCCUCAGUGGCAUUCUCCUCAUGGCCUUUCCAGUCACCUCCAUCUUCCACACGUUCUCGCGGUCCUACGUGGAACUGAAGCAGGAGCAGCAGCGGCUGUUGCAGCGGCGAACGCACUUCCUGUUCCGGAGCCGCAUUGGACUGGGAAGCAACCUCUCCUUGGAGAGUGACAUACUCUUCCCCAUAGGAUCAUCUGAUACUAGAGACAUAGAUGACUGAGGCGAUUAGUACAGAGGAGUGCAAAAAGCAAGGGGUUGUGACAAAUACAGAAAAGAUGGAGAGGAGAAAUUAGACUAAUGAGACUAAUUAGACUGUAUGAGGAAGAGAGAUAUGCAACAAAGGUAUAAGAGCUCAACAAGCUAGAAGAGGAAUAAAUGUCAAUGUGAGAAGAGGAGAAAACUUCUUUUCACAUCACAAGAUAUUAAUUUAUAUAGAAAAUGUUUCUUUUAUUUCCCAGAAAAACAGCCAUGUUUUGUAGCAGUCCACUUUUAUUUCAUGCACAAGAAGAGGAAAUGAUUAAUGAUAACCAUACCUGUUAACCAUAAAAAAUAGUAUUUCUAAAUAACAUUCAUUAUACUGUGUUCCCCAAAUAACCAGUACCGAUACAAAAAAAUACACACGUCUCAUUAUGAUAAUAACACACUGUUUUGUUCUUUUUUACUCAGAUUAGAUGUAAUAAUGUAUUUGUUGAUGUCAUGCACUCCCAGGAGCUGGAGCAAAUUCAUUUAAGUGAUUUUGGAUGUUUAAUGGAAGAAGCUGUCCAUUUUGUAAAUCCCUAAGGAUAAAUGGUAUUUCCAUGUAAGCGUAAAAACGUAACUUGUUGUCUACUGAGUGUUUACUACGAGCAUUAUGUUGGACUUCUUUAUUUUCCCUGUCUGGUUCCGUCAGAAUUCACAUAUUUCACAUUAUGAUGAGGUAUCUCUGGUCAAUUAUUCUGUGACUGGUAAAUGGCUCACAUUAAUACUUAUUUAUUUUUUUAUAUUUAAUAAUGGUUUUAUAUCAAUGCUUUCAUGUUUGGACAUUAUUUUAAUGGUUUUAAUUAAUUUGACCAUGUCACAUCCACUGUUGGUGAACCCUCUUUGUAGGUGCUGUAUAUUGGUAUAAUUAAUUUUGUAAAUUCUAUAUUUAGUAAAUAUUUGAUAUUUUAUUACUAUGUAAUAUUAUUUAAUAUUUUAAUAAGGGAUUUGAUUUGUUGAUUCAGCAGGGAUUUGAUUUGUUGAUUCAGCUCACAGUCACACUUAUGAGGAGAACAUGCGAAGUACAAACAGAAAGGCAUUGGGCCUGUCCCUGGGUCCUUCAUGCUGUGAGAUGACAGUGUUACAGAAGUGUAACCAACAAUGUAUAUAUGGAAAUACUUUAAAUAAUAAAGGUUUGUAAACAUG